AUGGAGGAAGAGGGCUCCAGACGUCGGCCUAGCGACGCUGUGCUCUGCGAAUGCAGUGUUCUGGCCGCCCGAAGGACCACCGCCAGGUCUCGGACUAAAGCGAUCGUGGUGAACCCGCGAACUUCGUCACAGCGACGAUUCCGACGAUUUAUCGAGAGCAUUGUCCGAAAAGUGUUUGAUAACCAACGGAAAUCUCCGCGGGAUAACGUCUCCGCCGCGUCGGCCACUCAAAUCCAAGCUGAUGUCACUCCAGCCAAGAGUGCUCACUUGGCUGAGCUCAACGUCGUGUCUCCACCAAAACGGACUGCAUCGGCACCAGCUUCUCGCUUGAAUCUGAAUGGAACUCUGGAUAGCAAUGGAAACUAUGGACGAAAAACUGCAUCACAAUCAGAUCUAAACUUCUCCGCGGAGCUGUCAGUAGCUGCUCCAACAAAACACACUAUCCCAGAGCUGGAUCUUUCAUUUGACAACUACAUUGAUGAUCAGUAUAGACCUACGCCAAAAGCGGCGCCAGUUAUCACUCGACCUCUACCGCCGAAGCCUCAGGCGCCAAAGGAACCAAUCUACUACCCACAAGGUAAACCAGUGCCACAAUUGCAAAAUGACACAGCUUUACGGCGAGUCUGUGAGGUCUUCCGAUCGUUCCCAAAUCAGAAGUGUACACUGGAGAACAUGCCAGCCGUGUGCGAGGCAGCCGGACUUCCGAUGUACUGGAAGAUGCCCGUUUUCUUGGCCAUCACCCAGGACGAGGAUCGACUGGCUACACAAGUUGACUUCACGUCGUGGUGGAAGGCGAUGACAUCUGUUGCUCAUGACGAGGCGGCCAGAUUUGUGUACACAUUAUCGAUGGGAUCCAGAAGUUAUUUGCAACCGGAAGACUUUUACGAGUUGAUCAUGGAUAUUAUUCAUACACAUCCAGGAUUGGCGUUCUACAGAGAUGCCACAGAAUUCCACGACAAGUAUUGUCAGGUUGUAAUGACCAGAAUUUUCUGGAAUGAUGCACACUCAUGGUCGGGAAAACUGACUACCGAGAGGUUAAGGAAGGGAGGAGUGCUUCCAGCAAUCAGACAGCUUCAAUUUGAUGAUGAUAUCAACAAGUCCCUGAGAUAUUUCAGCUACGAGCACUUCUAUGUGGUCUACUGUAAGUUCUGGGAAAUCGACUCGGAUCAUGAUCUCAAAAUCUCAAGCAACGACCUGGCUCAACAUGCUGGAGGAGCUCUAGUCCCGAUGGUGGUAGAAAGAAUAUUCUCAGGCGCGGUUUGCGCGAAUCCAAAUCUGAAAAACCCACAAGCAGAACUCGGAUUGGCGGACUUCACUCAGUUCCUACUGGCAGAGGAGGACAAAACUCAUCCGACUAGUGUUGAAUAUUGGUUCCGAAUUCUUGAUUUGGACGGUGAUGGACUUGUGACCCUUUACGACAUGGAACUUUUCCACAGUCAGGCUCAACGGAGGUUAGCCGCCGAGGGAAUCGACUCCAUGGCAUUCCAAGAUGUUGCCUGUCAACUCAUUGACAUGCUUAAUGUUCCCGGUGGAGCAACUUCAUUCAGAUUGAGUGAUCUGAAAAAGUCGUCACUUCGUGGAAGGUUCAUCAACACAUUUGUGAACUGGAGAAAGUUCUUCGCUCAAGAGACUAAUGAAGGAUCAGAGUCACCAAGAAUAGAGGAUGAAGGAGGCCAGGAGCUAACCGAGUGGGAUCGAUAUUGCAUCGAAGAGUACGAGGCAAUGAUGGAGGAUGAUCAGGCGGAUGCUGAAACUAUUAGCCUAAACUUGGAGGAGGACGACGCUCGAAGUCUCGCGUUUCAUGACGUUCUGUGA